AUGGAUCAAGAACCACCGCCGAAUCACCGCCCCGAACCCAGUCCGCCCGGUAGCCCGGAGCAGGCUCACACGGGCUAUCGAAGCGUGAUUGCGUCAUCGAUCAAUCUGGUGCAAAGCUACCGCCGGAGCCAGCUGUUCAUUGGCGACAAUCUGCCGAACAGCUUCAGCGAGUCGAGCUUCAACGCCAACUACCUCACCUCGCGCCAGCAGCACGGCGUUGAUGACGGAGAUGAGAGUGAGAACGACGAGGACGGGCGUUCGUAUGCGACCUCCUUCAACACCGAUCGCGACGGGCAGAUCGAGCGCACUGAAGACGACGAGGAGUACUCGGAUGAGGAGGAGACCGACCGGGACCUCCCGAGUUCUUUCCUCCCUCCGAACGCCUUCGGCAGCCGCCGCCUGCUUGCCUCGCGAUGUUCACGGGCAUCCCAGGGGAGCUUCCCGGGCCAAUGGGCGCGCCGACCGUCCGGCUCGGUGCGCUCCUACCCGGCCCAUCACGAGGGGGGGGAUGUCCCGCCCCACUCGCCCCGGUCCACGCAGCAGCAGCAAUACAACCGGACCCUGGAGCGGACGCCGACGGCCGAAAGCUCCCAGCUGAUCACCCCGCACCUCGCCUUCCCCCGCUACGGCAGUCUGGCCGGAGCGGACUCCUCCGCCCGCCGCUUCUCCACCGCCCGCUCCUCCUUCAGACGGCCUCGGGAGCGCCCCGACUCCGAGGUCGGCUCGGCCGCCGACUCUCACGACACCCGUCAGCCUACCCCCUCCCACUCCUCCAGCAUCCAUUCCCGCGCCGACCUCCGCCAUCCUCCUCCCGCCCUCGGAACGAGCACGUUCGGCCAAACUCUCUUCAAUGCCUUCAACAUCCUCGCCGGCGUCGGGCUGCUCUCCGAACCCUUGGCUUUCUCCGCCAUGGGAUGGAUCGGCGGCGUCCUCCUGUUCAUCUUCUGCGGCCUUUCCACUAACUACACAGCUAAAAUCCUCGCACGUCUCAUGGCCGAAGAUCGAUUCCUACUGACAUACAACGACAUUUGCUACAAAGCAUUUGGCCGGUCAAUGCAAUAUCCGAUUGCAGGCCUAUUCUGCCUGGAGUUAUUUGCACUAUCGGUGGCCCUGAUGGUGAUAUUUGGCGACUCACUAGCGACGAUUUUCCCGGGGGUGUCAGCGGACUCGUUCAAGAUCCUGGCCUUCUUUCUGGUGCUGCCGACGGUGUUUAUGCCUCUGCGACUGCUGAGCUACGCGAGUCUGAUCGGGCUCCUCAGCAGUCUGACCCUCGUCGGCGCGGUGGUGCUCGACGGCCUCGUCAAGAAGGACGCCCCGGGGAGUAUCUUCGACCCGGCCAAAACUAGCCUCAGUCCGAGCCACCGAUGGGGCUUGAGUGCUGGCCUCAUGAUGAGCGGGUUUUCCGGACAUUCGGUCAUGCCAAGUCUCGCCAGAGAGAUGCGAAACCCGCAAGAGUUCAAUCGGAUGGUCGAUUAUGCCUACGUUGCCGCCGGAUCAAUGUACUUGAUCGUCGGUCUGAUUGGCUACCUAAUGUUUGGCGAUGAUGUCAGUCAGGAAAUCACGCAAGAUCUUCUCCGGACGCCCGGCUAUCCACCGUUUAUCAACCGGUGCAUGAUCUGGAUGAUAGGCAUCAACCCGGUUGCGAAGUUUGCACUGUGUACUCGUCCUUUGAACAUCACGAUUGAGCAUUUGCUCAACCUGACUGCGCUGGACGACAUGUCGGAUCCGCAUGCGCCCGCGGCCCCGAAACGGGCCACGCCCGUGCCCCCGAGCCACACCCUUCCCAAGAAUGCCGUCUCGAGCCACGCCAACCAGCUCAGCCCUCGCUCGACCCACUCGGACCUCCGCAGCUCGUACCACGAGGCCGGCUCCGCGGGCAAGAACAAGCCGGCCGUGUUCACUAAGGCGCUGGGCAGGACGGUCUCCCGGACUGUCGUUACUUGCUUGGUCGUCAUCGUCUCGAUAUUGAUGCCGAACUUUGAACGAGUGAUGGCGUUUUUAGGGGCGUUUGCAGCCUUUGUCAUAUGCACCAUCCUGCCCGUCUCGGCCGAGAUGAUCAUGACCAGAGGCCAGGGAAGAAGCCCGACGACGAAGAUAAUCAACAUCGGCCUGCUGGUAGUGUCUGUGGUGAUGGCGGCCAUCGGCACCACGUACUCAUUCCUGCCCUGA